AUGGAGUUAGCAUCAACAUCCUCAAUGUCCUCAUCGGCGCCCAAUUCUCCCGCCCCACGGCGACCGAAUCGUGCGAAUCGCAACAUCAACAACCUCAAUCUUAAUCCUCUGACGCCCAUUCUCCCUGAGGAGCACAAGCAACGCCAUGCCAAUCGCCGCGUGGAGGACUUCAUCCCUCCCUACACAUCCUCCACUCUCUGCCGUCGAUCUGCCCCGCCAACGCCUGGCCAGUCCCUCUUCUCUCACCAGCCGGGCCCUGGGGAGAACUCUUGGGUUCGGCCCCCGCGGCGGCGCGGCGCCUCUGCCCCGGGUCUGCAGACCCGUCUCGUUGCCUUACAACAAUAUAAGCAAUGCCCAACAGACUUCUACUUUCAGCCAGGGGGGAAGACGCGUCCCUUCCCGCAGGCGCCACUGUCCGAGGUACUGGAGCGUGCCGGCGCCUGGCUGACGAACACUGUCCGCGAGGAGACGGGCUCCACCUACUUGGUUCGCAGCGCAAAGUCAAUGACUGACCUUCAGGAGGCGUCCGCGGCCAUCAGUGGAGAGCUGCCACUGGACGACUUCCGCAAGAGAUGGUGGGAUGACUAUGAGAGGAAGGAGAAGGAGAGGGAGUUGGAGCGCACCAAUCCGGAGCUCGCCAAGGCUCGCCGCUUGGAGAUGGCGCGCCUGCAGCGCGAGCACGAGCGUGCAAAGCGCUGGCUGCAUGAGAAGCGCUGGGCAGAGCGACGUUAUAUUAAACACGGUACCGGUACCUGGCAGUCUCUGUCGGCACCGCUCAGCCGGAUCGGCAGCCAGAUGAGCAUUGGCACGGGCGGCAACAGCGAGACGUAUGGCCUGCCCCCGGGCGUCCUCAUGACCCCGGGUACCGGCGUCAUCACUAUGACGGGAGACCUCGGUUAUGAAGAGAUCGAGAAAGAGGUCAAGGAGAUCGAGGCGGAGGAGGCUGCGCGCGACGCAGAGGACGAGGAAUACUUCCGUAUGACUGGUCAGGUCGAUCCGCGCACCCUUAAGGCGCUUGAAAAACCGCUCCCUCCCGAGGCUGAGCAGCCGCCGGCUCUCGAGGCUGUUGAACGCGACAUCCGCACGUUACUGAGGCGCCAACGGAAUGGCAUCACGGGCGGAUGGUUCGGCAAGAUGCUCGGUAUUCGUAGCUACCGUCUGUCUGGCGACACCGAGGAGGAUAAGCUGAAGGAGGGCGAUUUCGACGAGCAGGAUUAUUGGGAGGCUGGCCAGCACGAGUCUGGUGUGUACUACUUCGGUAACGAAGACCUGUCCAGCGAUGAUCACCGGCCGCUCGACGAAUGGGGGAACCCGUUGACAUCGCCCAGGUAUCUACCAGUCCCCGGUUCUCUCGUAUGGAUCGAUGCCCAAUAUGAAGCGGCCGACAUGGAGGAGGCGGGUCUGAUAGAACCGGCGCCGGAGCAAGCAACUUGGGUGGAGGAUAUGGCCUGGUUGUUCAGGUUGGCCAAGAGUCUGCUUUUUUCGUGA